CUAGAACAGGUUCUUGCUGUUAAAAGUGAAGAGGAUCCGAUUUAAGGUUACAAAGAUGAUCUACCAAAUUUAACAUAGAAAUGAUAUAAAAAGGUGCGAGAUCCAAAAGUUGAGCAGUUUUGUGAGCAACAAGAAUCAGUAAAGAUGUUCAAAUUGGCCAUUUUCGUUGCUAUCGUAGCAGUGGUGUACGGUGCUGAAACACCAAUCAAAACUCGUCAGGUGGUACUCAGCCCAACCAUCCAACCUCUAGCCGGUAUCAACCCCUACUACAGGCAACAACCCAUCCACUAUAACAAUGUAGAAGCUAGCGCCAGAAUAUUGUCCCAACAACAAGAUGCUGCUCCUGACGGUUCUGGAUACGCAUACUCUUACGAAACUGAAAAUGGAAUUGCUGCUCAGGAACAAGGCCAAUGGCGUCAACUCAGCGCCGAGGAAGGUGCCCACUCCGUUAUUGGAAGCUACAGAUUUCCCCUUCAGGAUGGACGUGUCCAAAUCGUGGAAUACACAGCCGAUGAAAACGGAUUCAAGCCAGUCAUCAAAUACCAGUAAAAAGUCAACGUAUAAUUUUUCAGUUUUGUAAUUAUCCAUGUAGAUACAAAUUGUAAAUAAACUUUGUUCAUUCAUACUCAA